AUGGGCAUGUACGUGGUUGUUUUUGGCUCAGCGGGCAAGUGGGUUGCGGGCGAAGAGAUGACUGCCGCUCUCUGGCCAGGCGUAGUUUUAAUCGUUGUUCGGACGGAGCUGUCGCCUUCUUAUUAUUGNNNNUACGAUAGUAUCCCUUACCUCUCGAGGGGCUCAUGUGGAUGUCCCGGCACCACCCGUUGA